AUGUCCCACCGCCUGAUGAAAACACUUCCCGCGGGUAUGCAACGGUGGUCCACCAAACACGGAUCCGAAAACUGUGGGGUUGGCAAGACAUUAUGCCACUGGCAACUCCAGGCUGAUGCUGAUUGCCCCCGAUGUGGUAAUCCUGAAGAUACUACACAUGUACUUCGAUGUGCUGAUACUGAAGCUACAUCUUUGUGGUCUGCACAUAUGAUAGAACUCGGGUCUCUUCUUGCUGAUCUCCAUACACCUUUGGAACUUCAUACUGCCGUGCUUGAUCGAUUACAGCACUGGCGUCAGAACAUCCCCUUUGUCGUUGACCCCACUUGGAGUCCACAACUCCGUGCUACCAUUCAGUCCCAGGAUACUAUUGGCUGGAAAUGCUUUCUUGAAGGCCUCCCCACCAAGCUGCUUUCCCGCUACAUGGAUGUUUACUACUCUUCCCAGGGCUUUUCCUUCACUGGCAAUUCUUGGCUCUACAAAAUCCAACGAAGAUCCCAUCUUAUGGCAUGGUCCCUUUGGGAACACCGAAAUACCACCCUCCAUGAUGAACGGCGCCCCCGCCACAAACAAGCUCUCCACUUCCUCCACCAGAGUAUCACCCAUGAAUACUUACAAGGUCGUGGCACACUUCCACCCUCACAACAUCACUUCUUCCGCCUGUGCUUGAUCCAAUUACUCAGCCGCCAUACCCACUUCAAACAAUCUUGGCUGCAAAAUCUCCAUGCUGCGCGUGAUCGUGAAGAUCGACGCCGCAUGCUCCUCACAGAAGACCGCUCUGCCUCUGCCCUCUACCUCUGGAUGAAAACUGGCAGACUGCGCUCUCUUCCCAAUCCCCCUUGA